CAAAACAAAGGCAGAGAACAUAGCCAAAUGUCUGGGUUUCAGUCAUAGCACACGCUCCUCCAUUCUCAGAUGCUCUCUUUACUCUGAGAAUGUCUUUGCCUUGCAUUUUGUCCCUGACUUAACCUUUCUUUGUGUUAAUGGGUCUCGUCUCCUGACGCUUCUCUCCACAGAGGUUGGAGCUAGGUAUUGACUGAUUUUCCAAUAUCACUGAAAAUGCAACCUAAAGAUGGCUGGCACUCUAUUAUGCCUCUUCAUUUCCGAGGAAAUUCAGCUACUCGCUUUUGCAUGUUUCCGAAAGUAAAGUCAGCAGGCUACAGUCCUGGCAAUGCUCCUGUCUACCUAAAUGUGUAUGACUUGACAAACGCUAAUGGUUAUGUUUAUUGGGCAGGUCUUGGUAUCUUUCACACUGGGGUGGAAGUUAACGGUGUAGAACAUGCCUUUGGAGCUCAUGACUAUCCAACAAGUGGUGUCUUUGAGGUUGAACCUCGACAGUGCCCUGGCUUCAAGUUUAGGAAGUCGAUUUUCAUGGGGACGACAUGCUUGGACCCUGUCCAGGUCAGAGAGUUCAUGGAACGCCAAUCUGCGAGUUAUAAUGGUGACACAUACCACCUGAUUUUUAAGAACUGCAACCAUUUCUGUGAGGAUAUAUGUUACAAGCUGACUGGGAACCAGAUACCAAAAUGGGUGAAUCGACUUGCAAGAAUUGGUUCACUAUGCAACUGCAUACUUCCUGAGGCUCUAAAAGCUUCUGCAGUGCGCCAUGACCCCAACUUCCAAGCUGACUGUGAAAAGAAGAGACUGAGAAGUGCCUUCAGCUGCUUAUCAUCAAUCUCAAUGCCUCAGAGGGAAGUAUCAAUGUCUUCACUCUUUUUGCACUCUCAUUAUAAGGGCUGCCUACCACCAUGGGAAUUAAAGAGAUCUAAAAGCAGCUCAUUGAAGCAACAGUGAGAAGGCUAUUAUUUCCGUGUCUUUUUUUUUUUCUACAAUCGAAAAGAAUGUUUAUUGUUUUCCUCAAAAUGUUCAAGCAUCGGAGUAUACUCUCCACCUUUUGCCUUCCUGGUCACUUGAAAGGGUAAAAUCUGUACAAGUUUGUUCUUUUUGAAUGGAGGGUUUUGCUUGUCUUUUUGUUCCCUGCUUUUGCCAACCUGUACAGCUGUACUUAUGGAGUUUGCUUGUUGUUGAUGUUAAUGUAAUCAUGUCUGAUUGAUUCUGGUGUUACAGAAUCGAUCAGACCGAACCACCAGAUUUGUUCCAUACUUUCUUUAGGUGCAUUGAGCUGUCUCCAUGUUCUAAUGUUUUAACCACAGAAAAGGUUAAAUAGUGAUAGUUUUUUUUUUCACAAAAUGCAAAUGUUAAAGGCGGAAAACAUGUUAAAGUUGCCAGUUGCGGAAAUUUUUAUUUUCAAAGUUUUACCACCCACUUUUAUGCCAUCCAAUAUGUCG